CGGAACGUGCGUUUUUAAAGUCACUGGUGUUAUAACAGCUAACACCUGCAGCACAUUCAACCAUAAUAGCUACUCCUUUGAAAGUCAGAAUGGCUUGGGCAGCUUCACGCAGCAGGUCAGUGAUGAGGUUAUUUGUUAAGCACAAGAUAAGAGGAACCUGUGUGUUAUUUUCAUCUAAAUAUACAGCUGAUCAGAGGAGGACACCAUCAAAGAAACGGUUGAGAAAAAGUCAGAAGAAGCCUCCCUGGACUGAUACUCUGUCCUGGGAGGAGAGGUUAGCUGAUGUGGUGACUCCUCUGUGGAGGCUGAGCUAUGAAGAGCAACUUGAGCUCAAGCAAAAACAUCAGGAAAGCAUACUGUCACAGCUUUCUGGUUAUCUCUCCGGUGACUGCCUAUCACACUCCUCAUCUCCUGUCAGAAGUAAACCCAGCUUCCCUGUCCUGCCCGUCCUCCCUUCCCCAGUUAGAGAUAGCUACCGCAACAAGUCCACGUUCUCUGUCAACAGAGGAGUGGAUGGAAAUCCAAAGACAGUUGGGUUUUAUGUGGGCACAGGCAAGGAGGGAAACAUUGUCUGCGUCAACGGAGACCACCUGCUCAACAUGCCGGAGAAGCACAAACAGGUAGCCAGAUGCUACCAGGACUUUAUCCGCCUGUCUUCCCUGGAGCCCUGCCUACUGUUCCACACCGGGGGUCACUGGAGAGAGGUUACGGUGAGGACAAAUGCAGCGGGCUGCACCAUGGCUAUAGUGUACUUUCAUCCACAGACGCUCACCCCAGAGGAGGUGGCAGUCCAUAAGGCUGAACUGGCGGAUUACUUCGUGCGAGGUCCUGGGUCAGUGUGUCAGCUGGACUCUCUGCUCUUCCAAGAGAGCACCAUGACUCGCUGCACUCAUGAGGAAUCCUCCUACCAGCUGCUGCAUGGCCAGCCACACAUUUAUGAGGAGGUGCUGGGCUUUAAGUUCCGCAUCUCCGCUGAUGCCUUUUUCCAGGUGAACCAGGCAGCUGCUCAGGUACUCUACAGCACAGUGAGAGACCUGUGUGUCCCAAACUGGGAUGAAGGUAGAGGAAGAACAAAAGUGGGAGACACUCUCCUAGAUGUGUGCUGUGGGACAGGUGCCAUCGGCAUUACUAUAUCUCCCAGAGUGGACAGAAUUGUUGGAAUAGAGCUCAUAGAACAGGCGGUGGAAGAUGCUAAACACAACGCAGCGCUCAAUAAUGUCCUGAACUGUGAGUUUAUCCCAGGAAAGGCGGAGGCAGUACUCCCUGGCCUUAUGUCCCAGUUUAGCUCUGCAGACCUUACAGCUGUGGUAAACCCUGCUCGAGCUGGCCUCCAUCCCCGUGUCAUCCGAGCGUUACGAAACCAACCUGCUAUCCGCAGGCUGGUCUAUGUUUCCUGUAAACCGGAUGGAGAGGCCAUGAGGAACUUUAGGGAGCUUUGUUGUGCCCCUGACCCACAGAAGAAACUCACAGGAGGGGCAUUUUCUCCGACUCUGGCUGUGCCUGUGGACAUGUUCCCGCAUACUCCACACUGUGAACUGUUGCUACUUUUUGAGAGGUAGCAAAUACAUUUUUAUUCAGAGGUGGGCUUUAACCCUUGAACAACAACUAUAGUUGCUUUAGAAAGCUAACAGGGAGUUGAAUAAUGAAGCACUGUAUGCUGGACGAUAA